UUUCACCCUAUAGAGUACUACAUAAAAAAGGAACAGAGCAAAAACAGAGUAAAGGAAGUCGUAAAAAAAAUAACAAUGGCGUCUCUUCCUUUCGUCUCCUUCUUCUCUUUCCUUAUCAUCUCCUCAACAUUGACACCCGCCACCGCCAGCAAUACCACUUCCACCACCAUCAAAAUCUCCCUCUCUCCUUUGCCCCACCACCCUUCCUCCGAUCUCUACCAAAUUCUCAACAACUUAGCCACUUCCUCAGUCGCAAGAGCUCACCACCUCAAACACCCCAACCACCCCAAAGCCAAAGCCAAAGCCAAAGCCAAAGCCAAAACCAACAAUAACUCUUCUCUUCUCAAGGCUCCACUUUUUCCUCACAGUUAUGGCGGCUACACUAUCUCUCUCAGCUUUGGGACUCCGCCUCAAACCCUCACUUUCAUCAUGGAUACUGGCAGCAGCCUCACCUGGUUCCCUUGUACCUCUCGUUAUCUCUGUUCCCAAUGCUCUUUCCCUUAUGUCGACCCAUCAAAAAUCCCCACUUUUUCCCCAAAACUUUCAUCUUCCAAAAAGCUUUUAGGUUGCAAAAACCCCAAAUGUAGUUGGCUUUUUGGUCCUGACGUUGAGUCUCGUUGCCAAGACUGUGAACCCACUUCCAAAAACUGUACUCAAACUUGCCCUCCUUACCUAAUUCAAUAUGGUUUAGGUUCCACUGGUGGACUUCUAUUAGUAGAAAACCUUGUUUUUCCUCAGAGAACUUUCCAAGAUUUCCUUGUCGGAUGCUCCAUUGUCUCCAACCGACAACCCGCUGGAAUAGCCGGAUUUGGUCGGAGCCUCGAGUCUUUACCAUCCCAAUUAGGCCUCAAGAAAUUCUCUUACUGCCUAGUUUCUCGCCGGUUCGAUGACACAGGUGUCAGCAGCAACAUGUUGUUGGAAAGCGGGUCGGGUUCGGGUGAUACUAAGACCCCAGGUCUUAGCUACACCCCGUUCUACAAGAACCAAGUUUCCUCAAACACAGUUUUCCAAGAUUUCUACUACGUAACUCUACGUAAAAUUCUUGUUGGAGAUAAGCACGUCAAAGUUCCGUACAGUUUUUUGGUCCCAGGUUCAGACGGUAAUGGAGGUACCAUUGUGGACUCAGGAUCAACAUUCACUUUCAUGGAGAGACCAGUUUUUGAGCCAGUUUCAAAAGAGUUCGAGAAACAAAUGGGAAAUUAUAGCAGAGCACAUGAAGUAGAAAACAUAUCAGGCUUAGCCCCAUGCUUCAAUAUUUCAGGCCAUAAGUCAAUUCAAGUCCCGGAAUUGAUAUUCCAUUUCAAAGGAGGAGCCAAAAUGGCAUUGCCUUUGGCUAAUUAUUUCUCAUUGGUCGGUGAUGAUAUGGUUGUUUGUUUGAUGGUUGUUACCGAUAAUUUGGUUGGUCAAGGCGCCCGCGGCGGCCCGUCGAUUAUACUAGGGAACUUUCAGCAACAGAAUUAUUACAUUGAAUUUGAUUUGGCAAAUGAGAGGUUUGGAUUUGCUAAACAAAGCUGCGUAUGAGCUGCAUUUUGAUUUUUUUUUUUCGGCCAUGAAGGUGAUGGAACGAUUACAAAGAGUUGCACUCUCUUUUGCUGUCAUUAUUAAUGAAAAGUUUGAUAGAUAUAUUAUAUUGGGAGAUUUAAGAAAAGGGUUACUAUUUGAUACUAUCGUUGAUAAUAAUUUUUAUCAGAAAUAAAAUUACGUUUUUUUUUUUUAUGUGAAAAAUGUGAGGGAACAAGGAGGAAAUGGAAUAGUUCAAUCAAAUUCAAGGCUUUCUAGCUUUCUAGCUGUUAAUUGCAAUUCCAGGGAGCUUCCUGGCUGUAAUUCCUUCCUAAGUAAGCAUUCCUUUCUUUUUUCCUUUGUUUUGCCUUUGUUCUCCCUUUUAAAACCUCAUCAUGUACCUUUUAGGCCUCAUGUUCUUUCUUUUUAUGAUGGGGCACAACCCUCUUUAUCAUCUAGUCAAUGUGGAAGACGAUUUCUUUUUAUCCUGUGAAAUAUGAAAAUCCUUUCUUCUCAUUUGGUUGUAAAUGAAAAAAGAAAUUUAAAUUCCUGCAUAUGGUUUAUCCUGGUAUGAAACAAACGUCAGU